UACGUAAUAUGUCGCAUGCAAUGGACCGUUGUUUUCAAAAGAGGUUUUUGACUUCCCACAGAGCUACAAUACCAAACAAACAAAAUAGGACAUAGUCACCAAAGAUAAGGUACGAUCCCUCGUGUUAUGAUUAUUGAAACGACAACGACAAAUAACCAAUAUAUAGGACACAUAAUAUGAUGCUUUCUAGUUUAUAUUCAUAUAUAUGUUCUCUCCUUAGUGUAUGAAUGAAAACAUAGCUAGAUAAAAAUCAAGCUUCACCUAAUUAGUGUAUUCCCCCAAAUUUCUCAAUUCUCACUAAUGGCUUUGGUCAGCUUACUUGAAAUCUCCAUUGCUUUCUUUUGUUUCCUUAUCUUUCGAAUUUUCCUGAUCAGCAAGAAACCACACCGUUCAUUUCUCACAAACUGGCCGCUCCUGGGCAUGCUUCCGGGUUUACUUACCGUGCUCCCUCGAGUUUACGACUUUAUAACCGAGGUUCUUGAGGACGGCAACUUAAACUAUCUUUUCAUAGGCCCUUUUUUAGGGGGCAUCGACAUGUUGUUCACCGUUGAUCCUGCUAAUAUCCAUCACAUCAUGAGCUCAAACUUUGCGAAUUACCCGAAAGGAACCGAAUUCAAGAAGUUAUUUGACGUUUUGGGAGAUGGGAUUUUCAACGCGGAUUCAGAUUUGUGGAAGGAUCUAAGGAAAUCUUCUCAAAGCAUGAUGAAUCAUCCCGAUUUUCAAAGGUUUUCAUUAGCUACAAGCUUGAGUAAGCUAGAGAAAGGGCUUGUGCCACUUCUUGAUCAUGUUGCUAAAGAGAAACUCGUCGUGGACUUACAAGAUGUUUUCCAAAGAUUCACGUUUGACACUACCUUUGUUUUAGCAACCGGGUAUGAUCCAGGUUGUCUCUCGGUGGAAAUGCCGGAAAUCGAGUUUGCAAGAGCCUUAGACGAUGCAGAGGAAGCUAUUUUCUACAGACAUUUCAAGCCGGAGGUGGUGUGGAAGAUGCAAAGAUUGAUUGGGGUUGGAGCUGAGUUGAAGCUGAAAAGAGCUCACGCGAUUUUCGAUCGUGUUUGCUCUAAGUGCAUAGCUUCUAAGAGAGAUGAGAUCAGCCAAGGGAUUGAUUCUUCUUCUUCUAAAGAUUUGUUGAUGUCUUCUAUAAAUGUUGACACGACUAAGUACAAGUUGUUGAAUCCAAGUGAUGACAGAUUCCUUAGAGACACAAUCUUGUCCUUCAUGUUAGCUGGUAGAGACACAACAGGCUCAGCGCUCACUUGGUUCUUCUGGCUUCUAUGCAAUAACCAAGAAGCCAUGACCAAGAUUCGUCAAGAAAUCAACACAAAUCUAUUUCCAAGAAACAAGACCGACGACGGUUCUGUUUCUUAUGAUUCUGAUUCAUUCAAUCCCCAAGAGGUAAAGAAGUUGGUGUAUUUACACGGCGCGGUUUGUGAAGCCCUCAGGCUCUAUCCACCUGUUCCCUUUAACCACAAGUCUCCUGCUAAACCCGACGUGCUUCCAAGCGGCCACAAAGUCAAGGCCAAUUCGAGGAUUUUGUUCUGUCUUUACUCAUUAGGGAGAAUGAAAUCGGUUUGGGGAGAAGAUGCAAUGGAAUUUAAACCGGAGAGAUGGAUUUCUGAGAGUGGAAGAUCGGUACAUGAGCCAUCUUAUAAGUUCCUAUCGUUUAACGCCGGUCCAAGAACUUGUUUGGGGAAAGAAGUGGCUAUGACGCAAAUGAAGACAGUGGCUGUGAAAAUCAUACAAAAUUAUGACAUUAAUGUCGUUGAAGGGCACAAGAUCAAGCCAGCUCCUUCGGUUAUUCUCCACAUGAAGCAUGGUCUUAAAGUCACUGUCUCUAAAAGAUGUUUGUCUUGAAUGUUUUAACUAGAAUGUAGAAACUGUGGCAGUUGACGAAGAUGAUUUCUAUGAUAUGAAGACAUCUCAAAUCAUGCAUCCUGAAAUAUAAUGUUAUUGUUAAACAUAAUUUCUAAAAUUUAAGUAAAAUAUAUAAAUGUUGGUAAGAAAAUUAAUAAUUUCCUUUUUAUUUUAAGUGUAGAGUUAAAUCCUAUACUCAAGUUAUAAAUACAAAUUAGCCGAAAACAUUAAUGUUUUUUGCACGUUAUAUA